UUAAACCACAAGGAUUUUUUUCAAAUUUCAUUCCUCUUAUCAUUUACUAAAGCCCACUCAAAUCUCACUCCUCCUCCUCCAAAAACCCCUCUCUCACUCUCUCUCCUCCAUCGCCGCUUCCUCUGUAGGCGAACCCUAACAUCUUCUCCUCCAUUUUCUCUCUCCUCCACCAUCAAUGGCGGCCACAUCCACCUCAUCCGACCCCGCCACCACUGAAGGUCCCGUACUCAGCGUAAUCAGCAAACGCCUCCGUGCUCUCCGCAAGAAGCACAAUCGCAUCACUCAAAUGGAGGAAUCUCUCGCACAAGGUAAAACCCUAAACAAAGAACAACAAGACGUUCUUCGCUCUAAACCUUCCGUUCUUACUCUCAUCGAUGAGCUUGAGAAGCUUCGCGCUCCUCUCUCUUCAGCUGUCGACGAAGAAAUCUCUCUCGCUAUUUCCUCCAAAACCUCGCCGGAAAACCACCAGUCUUCGCCGGAGAAUCAUCGUGAUAAUGAUGAUGUUGAUGAGGUUGAGGUUGAUCGAAUAGAAGGUGUUGUGAAAGAUCUGUUGUACUUGAUGUAUUUCGGGAGUUUGUUUGAUGUGAAACCUCAGAGUGAGUUCACUUCUUUGAUGUUGACUCGUACUCAUGAGCGUGGAUGUUGCUUGACUUACGAUUAUGUUACUGAUGAUGCUACUGAUCUUCUUGCUGAGCGUGAUUUGGACUUGAUUUCGGCGGUGCAAGCUUUGAUGAUCUCUCGUCCGGUGAAUUCUGCUCUGUCGCAUCAGAAUGCGUUGGAGAAGUGUAUUCAUCACGCUAAGUUAUGGCUUCAGAGUUCGGAUGAGACUCUGGAUUCGCAAUCAGCUGUAACAUAUGCUGGAUUGAGGGAGAAAUUGAAUAAGAUUAUGGCUUCGGAUUAUUUCACUGCUACACCGCAGAUGAAAGGGCCUGGGGAAGUGGCGGCGGCUGCGGCGGUUGGGAAUUUCGGUUCUUUCCAGGUACCAGUGCAGGAGAGUAUGGUGCCUGUUGAAGUGCCUGUUCAAAUUGAGGGAUCCGCUGAGCAGUAUGCAGAUACGGAGGAGAAUCUGGCUAAUUAUGAAGAAUAUGAGACUGGGGAACAUCAAACUGGGAACGGUGAGGAGUUUCAGAAGGAUGACUUGGAGGCCGAGAAUCCGCCUGAAGUGGUCUCAGCCCAAACAGAACAAGAUCAAUUUCAGGCUGAGGAAGAGUAUGGCUACAGAAAUGCAGACUACAAGGAGCACCAGUAUAUACCCAGAAGAGGUGCAAGAGGUGGCCGUGGUGGUGGAGGUGGUCGCAGAGGAUAUCCUAAUGGCAGAGGAGGCAGAGGUAACGGCAGGGCAGGUGGGCCUUACCAGAAUGGACGUGGUCAGUUCUAUGAUAACUAUCCUAGAAACUAUUACAAUAGAAGAGGUGGCAGAGGUGGUGGUGGUGGUGGUGGUAAUGGUGGUAAUGGCGGAAACUCUUACUACAAUCAUUCUCCAGCAGCUCAAGGCAACCACAACCAAGCAAAUAUGGGGGUCGAAUCAUAACACGAGCAAAAUGGCAUAUGUUUUGGUUACUGGCUCGUUGUUGGUGGGUUCUGGUUAUGUUUUGCUCUGCGUUGGGCACAGUUGUUGAGUUGCAUAUGUAGGUCUUUUAUAUGAAUUCACCAAUUUAUUUGGAUACCUCCUCUUGGUGUCGUGCCCCUUCUGUAGUUCAGUGAAUGGAUGGUUUUGACUAAAAUCUUCUAAUAUAACAUGAUCUGGAGAGCUCGUCAUCUUUUGUCCAACAA